GCAAAAUGUUUGUCAGUUGUUGAGACGAAAAAUGAGUCCUGACAAAUUAUGACCCUCCGUUCCCUACUAAAAUAAGGGGAGGCGUAAUCUGUCGGGUGUCAACAUUCGGCACACCUGUAAUUAACAGGUUAAUAUCAAAACAUUUAAUAAUCAAAUCCAAGUACAAUUAAAUAAAAGUUCAGUACCAUCCCUAACUCAUCAAAACAUGCAGUCAUAGCAACUGACACACAUUACAAACGUUCUUAUAUGACGUCACAAUGAUAUCUCGGCGUCCCAUCUAAACUUUGCUGUUAAAACUAGUCCGUUUGCUGUUUACUGAUCAUUCUGCUUUUCUCACGAUUACGGUUGUUCAGCUUUUGUGUUUACUUCAGCGUUAUGGGUCAGAUAUUUGGUAAAAGCGUGAAAACUGACGGCGUUGUCGAUCGGAGCGGCUUGUACGGCCAAUGUACAGCUGCACCAUCGGACAUCGACCAUCACUCACCUGUGCGUUUCGGAAAACUCCUAGAAAUGCACAGACGGAGAGCAGAAGGGAUUUCAGCACUGGGUCUCACUCUCAGUGACAUGGAGAUCCUCAACACUCCAGUCAUUGAGGGUCCAGAUCUUGCUGAUUCCGUUGACCGCUUGCUUUAUGGGUUGGAUUUAGACAGCGACACUGUUCAGAAUCCAGUCAAAAGCAAGUCGGUCCGGGAUGAAGAAAUCCAGCCGGCUCAAGCUCAUAUCGAGGCGGCCGUGGAAGAGGACAUCCAGCUAACUUCAGUCAGACUGUCUGAAGAGAAGCUGGAAGACUCGAAGACGCCCAGUGUGAACAUGGAGGGCCUUUCUGAUUCCCUUGACCGCUUUCUGGUUCGGUUGCAUUUAGACAGCGAUGUUGUUCAGAAUCCCGUCCCAAGCAAGUCGGUCCGGGAUGAAGAAAUUCAGCCGGUUCAAGCUCAUAUCGAGGCGGCCGUGGAAGAGGACAUCAAGCAAUCUUUAGUCAGACUGUCUGAAGAGAAGCUGGAAGACUCGAAGACGCCCAGUGUGAAAAUGGAGGAGAUCAACUCCUGCUUGUAUGCUGUUGGUGAAAUCCUGGCUGCAAGCACUCGUGCAGUCGUCUACGUGGGGACCCGUGUGCAUGAUGGCUUGGAGGUGGCACUGAAAUACGUGCACACAUCCAGUCAUCUGGAUUAUAUCCGCAUCCCGGGUCAUCCUGAUCCCCUUCCGCGUGAGGUGGCUCUUCAAAUGCUUGCCUGUGAUGAUGGAAACAUUCUUGAGAUUGUCCAGCUCUUGGACUGGGUAGAAUAUUCGGACCACUACAUCAUGGUCCUUGAGCGCCGUUCUCCCUGCGAGGGUUUGAAUAAGUUUGUCGCGAGCCGAGGCGGAAAGCUCGACGAGGAGUUGGCGAAACGCAUCAUAUGGCAGGCAUCCGUAGCUGCCAACAUAUGCUGUGAACAGGGAGUAUUCCACCGUGAUAUCACACUGGAGAACCUCAUUAUAAAUACAGACAUGAACGAUGUCAAACUGGUCAACUUCGGGUGUGGCGAGCUACUUAAAAAGUCGACCUACAAUACAUUCACAGGCACAAGAGAAUACGUUUGCCCUGAAUUUUUUAAAACGGGCAAGUACCAUGGAAAGCCGGCGACGGUGUACUCACUCGGGGUGUUGCUGUUCGCCUUGUUGUGCGGAAAAUUCCCCAGCUCUAAUGAUCGGUUCUUCAUCAAUGAGAGGGCCUGGAUCAAAGACUAUUUGACAGAAAAAUGCUGCCGUCUGGUUGAAGACUGUCUGCAGGAGGAUCCAGAGAAACGUAUUAAUCUGGAAAGGAUCUGUCAGAACGAGUGGUUUCAGGAUGAUUCUUCAGACGACCUCCAGUUUCCCUUCAACACUGGCAUCCGUGAUCAGCCCAGGGUACUCGGAAUAGAAAUCAAUGGCUGCCAGUAUGAGAUCGCCGGAAAGCUGGGUCAAGGAGGUUUUGGAACCGUCUUUAAAGCGACCCGUUUGCAUGAUAUCUUAAAGGUGGCAGUGAAAUUUGUCCGGAAGGGACCGCUCGUAAAAAAUGAUUAUAUCAGCAUUGUAAGUAGCCCGGGCUAUCCUAGACCUUUUCCUCGAGAGGUCGGUCUUCACUUGCUUGCCUGUGAGGGAGAAUAUGUUCCUGUGAUCGUCCAGCUUCUGGAUUGGCAGGAAACUCCUGAGCACUUCAUCAUGGUCCUAGAGCGGCCUUCUCUGUGUAUGGAUGUGGGUGCUUUCGUGGAGCAUCAUGGAGGCACCGUCACCGAGAAAAUAGCGCAGCGUAUCUUGUGGCAAGCGGCCGAAGCCGCUGAAGUCUGCUGCAAACGGGGGGUUUUCCACAGGGACAUAAAAUUGGAAAACCUCCUGAUCAACCCAGACACCCUGGAGGUCAAAUUGAUCGACUUCGGGUGCGGCGAUCUUCUCAAAAGCUCGCCUUACAACAGCUAUAUGGGCACACGGAGCUAUACUUGCCCUGAAUGGCUCCAACUGUUCAAAUAUUAUGGAAAGCCGGCGACUGUGUACUCGCUCGGAGUGCUGCUGUUCGUCCUGUUGUGCGGGAAAUUCCCAGCUGUACGUGACAAGUUCGUGAUCAAUGAGUGUACCUGGAGCAAAGAAGGCUUGAGUCAAGGAUGCUGCCGGUUCGUUAUAGACUGUCUGCAGGAGGAUCCAGAGAAACGAAUAGAUCUUGAAAGGGUCCGUUUUCACAAGUGGUUUCAGGACCUAGACCCUGCCAACAGCCGCCAGACCUCCGUCCCCACUGGAAAACAUGACGUCGUUCGGUUUCCACUUGAUUCUGGAUCUAACUUCAAUGGCCAUGCGGAAAUUUUUAUCCCCCACUGUUCGGACAAUCAGUCACACACUUCAGACAGGCAGUCACACACUUCAGACAGGCAGUCACACACUUCAGACAGGCAGUCACACACUAUAGACAGUCAGUUACACACUUUAGACAGUCAGUUACACAUUUCAGAAAGUCAGUCACACACUUCAGACAGGCAGUCACACACUUCAGACAGUCAGUUACACACUUCCGACAAUCAAUUACACACUUCAGACAGUCAGUUACACACUUCAGACAGUCAGUUACACACUUCCGACAAUCAAUUACACACUUUAGACAGUCAGUUGCACACUUCAGACAGUCAGUUACACAUUUCAGAAAGUCAGUUACACACUUCUGUCAAUCAGUUACACACUUCAGACAGUCAGUUACACACUUCAGACAGUCAGUUACACACUUCAGACAGUCAGUUACACACUUCCGACAAUCAAUUACACACUUCAGACAGUCAGUUACACACUUCAGACAGUCAGUUACACACUUCCGACAAUCAAUUACACACUUUAGACAGUCAGUUGCACACUUCAGACAGUCAGUUACACAUUUCAGAAAGUCAGUUACACACUUCUGUCAAUCAGUUACACACUUCAUACAGUCAGUUACACACUUCAGACAGUCAGUUACACACUUCAGACAGUCAGUUACACACUUCCGACAAUCAAUUACACACUUUAGACAGUCAGUUGCACACUUCAGACAGUCAGUUACACACUUCAUGCAGUCAGUCUGAAGAGAAGCGGGAGGAUGAUGAGGAAUCCAGCAUGUUCGUUCUGGUAAUCAAUGGCUGCCAGUAUGAAAUCGGCAGUAAGCUGGGUCAAGGAGGUUUUGGAACCGUCUAUGAGGGGACACGUGUGCAGGAUGGCUUAAAGGUGGCAGUGAAAUAUGUCGAGAAGACCAAGAGAAUAAUCCAGAAUUAUAUCUACAUACCGGGUUAUCCUAGACCUUUCCCUCGAGAGGUCGGUCUUCACUUGCUCGCCAGAAAGGGAGAUAAUGUUCCUUUGAUCGUCCAGCUUCUUGACUGGCAGGAUUAUCCGGAGCAGUAUGUCAUGGUCCUAGAGCUCCCUUCUCCCUGCGAGGAUGUGGGUGCUUUCGUGGAGCACAAUGGAGGCACCGUCACCGAGGUCAUAGCGCGCACUAUCUUUAGGCAAGCGGCCGAAGCCGCUCAAGUUUGCUGCGAACGGGGAGUUUUCCACAGGGACAUAAAACAGCAAAACCUCCUGAUCAACCCAAACACCCUGGAGGUCAAAUUGAUCGACUUUGGGUGCGGCGAUCUUCUCAAAAGCUCGGCUUACUACCGCUAUAUGGGCACAAAGCAAUACACUUGCCCUGAAUAUGCUGAAACGGGCUCGUACCAUGGCAAGCCAGCAACAGUGUAUUCGCUGGGUGUACUGCUGUUUGCUAUUGUGUGUGGAGAAUGUCCCAGCUGUCUGGACCUCAAACAGAUUAACAAUAAGAAAUGGAGCAAAGACGGCUUGACUGCAGAAUGCUGCGAUUUCAUUCAAGCCUGUCUUCAGAGGAAUCCAGAUAAGCGGAUCCAUCUGGGAGAGAUUUUGGAGCACGCGUGGUUUUGAGGUACUGGGCUACGUGGCUUUGAGGUACUGUGCUAGGUUUCAGCUUUAAAGCAUAAGUUCUAGCGUUAACGACAAAAAAACAACAAUAAGACCUGACAAACACUGAAGGCAUGAGGAGAGAAUUUACCCUUAUUUACCCUUAACUGGUGAAGUGUUCCUUAAAGUUCUGUUAUGCGUUGCUACAACGUCACAUUUCCACCUUAAAAAAUGAAGGGACCGAUUCAGCCCCCUUAAAUCUAAAACGCAUUGAACGAUAUAAUGUUCUUUGAAGUGGAGAAAGUCAUGGCGCCUAUUUUCAGAUAUAAAAUGAGACUAAUUAUACGCGAUUAUAAAAAAAUAUUCGUUUGAUUAGUUUUAGCAGGUUUAAAGUUAAAGGUUUUGCGUAUUUAUCUAAAAUAAUAGUGUAGAAGGAUUCAAGAUAUGGAAGGAAGGAGGCGGGAACCGGAAGACAUUUAAAUAAAGUUUUAAUAUAAAUAAUAACAGCCGGCGGCCCCUCACGGACGACCGCCGGCGAAAUAACAUAAACAUAAAUACAAAUGUAAAUACAAACGUAAAACAUGUUCGGGCCCGGUCCUCUCUCUCCGACGGUCCGGUCGCUUGUUCCUUUUACAUGCUCCCAAUCUCCUACAUGAUUCGAGCCCGGUGUGCGCACAGCUGGCGCUCAUUCACAAUUACUCACCGGACUCGAACCGUGGUCUCGUCCGCCUACUUUACUACAUACCCCCAUCACCCCUCACAGGCCGGGGGGUACUCCCGCGACUUUGCAAGCUCCCUCCCCCUCCCUCGGGGGGGUGGGGUGGGGGGUAUGCAGCAACGAGACGAGACAACGGAGACGGGAGCCCUCAGAGCGACCGGAAAGAGAGAGUGGAGAGAGGUAAAAAAUAUUAUAGUCCGGUUCCCCGACAUGCUGCCGCUCGGUCCUCAACCAGCCGGAGUACUCUCCUUUGGGGUGCCUUGCGGUGGCCCUGGGGCUUCGGUGGACGGCUCGACCGUCCGCCCCCUGGUGGCCGGCGGUGGCUCCUCCAUUAUCUGACAUUUAAUAUAUUAUAUGUCAUAUAUUAGACAUUUAAAUACAAUAGAUAUUUAAUACAAAUAAUAACAGCCGGCGGCCCCUCGAACCACGGUCUCGCGCCGCCUACUCCACUACAAUUACAUAUAUUAGAUUAGAUUAGGACUAUACAAUAUAGUAUACUAGUACACUAGUACACUAUAAUAUAGACUAUACAAUAGUGCAAGUGACUUGAGUGUGCAUAAGUUACAGACAUUAGCUAUUAAAGUUACAGUGCAAUAGAUGAGUAGAUGCAGUUAUUGAAGUUACAGUGCAGUAGAUAAUUUAGUGCAGUUAUUGAAGUUAUAGUGCAACAGAUGAGUAGAUGCAGAUAUUGAAGUUAUAGUGCAAUAGAUGAGUAGAUGCAGUUAUUGAAGUUACAGUGCAGUAGAUGAGUAGAUGCAGUUAUUGAAGUUACAGUGCAGUAGAUGAGUAGAUGCAGUUAUUGAAGUUACAGUGCAGUAGAUGAUUUAAUGCAGUUAUUGAAGUUAUAGUGCAAUAGAUGAGUAGAUGCAGUUAUUGAAGUUACAGUGCAGUAGAUGAGUUAGUGCAGUUAUUGAAGUUACAGUGCAGUAGAUGUGUUAAUGCGGUUAUUAAGGUUACAGUGCAGUAGAUGAGUUAAUGCAGUUAUUGAAGUUAUAGUGCAUUAGAUGAGUAGAUGCAGUUAGUUAUGCAAUAGAUGCAGUAAUGCAAUAGAUGAGUUACAGUACAGUAGAGAAGUUGGUGCAGUUAUUGAAGUUACAGUGCAGUAGAUGAGGUAAUGCAGUUAUAAAAGUUACAGUGCAGUAGAUGAGGUAAUGCAGUUAUGAGGGUAGUCCAUUAGUGCAAAUAAGCAUUCAGUGUAAUAUUCCUGGUGUGCAAGUGAGCAGUAUAGAGUGCAAAUGAUGCUAUGUGUGUGUAAACAGUCCGGUAGAGCAGAUAACAAGAAGUACUGGUGUGUACAGUUCAGUCAUGCAUGGCAGCCCUGUAGUGCAAUGUAAACAAUGUAAUAGCAGCAUUACAGUAGACAACUCUGAACUCACAUUCUACUUAUUAAACAUUAAAUGUCUGUAACUUUUACACACAAAUAUAUUCAAUAAUGCUCCGGCGGCCUUAGUCACCAGUUGGAGUACGUCCUCGAUAGAGGGCACAGUUAUUGAGGGUCUGUUGUCUAUUGUGAAAUGUGAGGGACCUGACAAACCCACAUUCAGUCAUAUCUUAAGCUAACAAACAAGUUUUAUUUCAGGUCAGCGAUAUGGAUCUAUUAGGAAGUUCAAAGAAGUUAAAUGGGUUAAACUAACUACAGUCUUGAUUUUUGCAUUCCAGUCAUCAGAUUAAAUACAAAUGAUUAUCUUUGCCUGAAUGUAAUGAACAGCAGCUACGCUAAUUAUUUUCUGUCUUUUUCUGUGUUUCUUUCUCGAGUUCCCAUCCUGAGGAAACUAGGAUUUGCUGAUGCCUGGGCAUAAUCAGUGAGGGCCGGAUCGCCCUGUGGAGGAAACGGGCCAUCGCCCCUCUGGAUCGUGGCAGUAGUUGACUAAUUGCCUAGUAGAGGCCGAGGUGCUGCCUGCUGGGUUCAUUACAGCAGGUUUCGUUAUGUCAAGGAUUCGGACAGAAGAAAAACCCAAACAUAGGCAGCAGUGAAAUCAACCAAUAAUUUCAAUAGUAUAAAACAACAAACAGGAAUGUAACUAAAAUAUAAACAUGAAACAAAAAACUUCCCACAAUGGGGCAAAACAAUAAAACAGAAUAAUUAGACUUUCUAAUAAAAUGACAAAGACAAGACUAAAUAAUAACGCAACAUCCAAAAGACAGCAAGAACUCCAAGAAGGGACGAAAUCCAACAAGGCAGGGUAAAGGGACACGAGCUUGAACGCAAGCAGAGCAAAACGAAUCCGCACAGGACAGAAAACACAAGGGCAUUAAAUAGGGAGACUAACAAGGGGAAAAUUAACACUAGGAAGUUGUGGGGAAAAAACACUAAAGGAAAGCUUAACGAGGAUACGAGAGGGGCACGGCCAAAGACGAGACCAGAGAGAGCGCAUUUUAUGUCAGAAUCAACAAUAACAUGUCUCUCCAUACAAAACAGGAGGUUCUGUCAUGAUCCUCCCACUAGACCAAGAAGGACAUGACAUUAUGAGGCAGAAUAAUGACAGAUCCCCCCUCAAUGAACGCCCCCUGGCAUUCACCAAGGGGGCAGACUAACGUGACAAGACAGACUGGGUAACAGACAACAUCCAACAAAACAUGGUAAAUAACAAUAACUUCAGACAAGAAUAAACUACAAAUGGGUUGGGGUGGAAUAAUAAAAUAACAAACAUGGAAGGGGGAUUCGGAGUCCAAAUGAGUUGGGGAUAGGUGGGGUAGUCUCAGUCCGGGGGUGGGGGACUUUGACAGGUGAUUUGACAGAGAAAGGCUUGGCUGCCGGAUGGAAUGCCGGCUGGUCCACAGGCUGAACUGCCAGCUGAAUCAACAGCUGGACUGCCUGCUGUGUCACCGGCUGGAUGGCAGGCUGAAUCGCUGGCUGGACUGCCGGCUUUGCCGAAGCCUGGGUAUAAGAGCAAAGGCCCAAUCGCCCUGCGGAGGAAAUGGGCCGUCGCCCAUCUGGAUCGUGGCAGAAGUUGACUGCCACCAAUCGCCCAACUCCCGCAUAGUAGAGGCCGAGGUGCUGCCUGCUGGGUUCAUUUGGGUGGAUUCGUUAUGUCAAGGAUUCGUACUGGAGAAAAACUCAAAUUUAGGCAGCAGUGCAAUCAACCAAUAACUUUAAUAGUAUGGGGAGUAGUGAUGUGUGGAUGGCGGUUUAAUCCGUGGGCGCUGCGGAUGAUCCGCGGGUCGGGUGGGUCGGGUAAUAAAAAAUACAUUCAGAUUAUUUGCGGGUGGGUAGAGGGUGGAUGAUAUCAUAUACAAUAUUAACAACAUUUCUAUAAAAAUGCGAAUGUGUUUUAAAUGAAUUUUUCAUCAGGCGCUAAUUUGCAGUAAUUUAAAGAAAUGCACGCGUGGCGACGGUCUAUUUCUUCAAGCAGAAAUGGAGGCAAAACAGAUCCGAGAGAAAUUUAAAAAGGGAGAUUUAAAAACAGAAAAUAGGUAGAAAAGAAAAGUACCGUGUGGGAGCGUUUUAGCGAAGUGGUUUUAACAAGGACGAAUCAAGUACUGGGUAUGCAAUAUACAACGACUGUGAGGCAUUGUAUGUAUAUGAAAGCCAUAAGACUGGUACCUUUUCUAUGGUACAUCAUGUGUGUGCUAAAUUGAAAUAUUAGAUUUUAGUAUUUACAGACAAAGACAGUGCUAGAAAAUUUACUGAGUAAUUUAAAUGACGAUCGGGUCCGGGUCGGGUGCGGAUAUCUAUAUCAGAGAAAAUUACGUCCGGGCGGGUGGAUAAUUUGUUUGAAGCAGCGGAUGCGGGUGACAUUUUAUCUUAUCCGCAGAUCUCUAAUGGGGAGUAAACAGGAAUGUAACUAAUAUAUAAACAUUAACUCACAUUAACCACUUCGCCAUUUUAAAAAAAAGUUGCCAGUCCAAGCCAGCGUUUUUAAUCAUUUUCACCCAACUUUAACUCUUUCACCGCCAUUGACGAGUUAUCUCGUCAUUUAAAAAAACGCUUCCCCCCCAAAAACGAGUUAUUACGGCAAUCAGUGUUUGUACUGUUGUACAGCAGGUGGCGCUAUUACACACCACCGGGAAAAAGUACAGAAUCCCAGAACCUAGAACCUAUAUGUUUUAGCGGGUUUUAAUGAUUGUUCUGGGUGUAAUCUGGGCGGAAUCUUUGACAAAAAACGUUAAUUAUCUCAGCUGUUUAAUCAAAGUGAUGCAUUUUUGAAGAAACCUACCCACAUCUACGGAGUGAUAAAAAACGAACAAAUGAAGAUAGAAGAAUACGGUUUCUUUUGUUUAAAAGCUGAGACUGUUCUUUCAUUUGACAUACUGUUUGUCCAUAUAUUCACAAAAAUUCACAAAUCCGCACAGGACAGGAAACAGAAGGGCAUUAAAUAGGGAGACUAACAAGGGGUAAAUUAACACUAGGCAGGUUUGGGGAAUGAAACACUAAUGGAAAGCUAAAUGAGGAUCUUUAGGGGCGGGGCCAAAGACGAGACCAAAGAUGAACCAACAAUAACGUGUCUCUCUCCACACAAAAAAUUAGGCUCUGUCAAGAUCCUGCCACUAGAUUAAAAAAGAUGACAUGACAUGAUGAGGCAGAAUCAUGACUCUUAGUUGUUGUUUAUCUUUAUAAUGUAAACGUUGUUUAAAGCUGGGAUUUUUUUUAUCUCCAAUUACUAUUACAAUAAUAAAAAAGCUAUUUAAAUCAUCAAACCUCUGCUACGCAAGGUUUGUCGGACUGGUUCGUUUGUCGGACAAAAUGUCUUUCAGUCACGGGGCACAUAAUUUCAACCAAUUUUGAUUGGCCAGAUCGCCUGUCAGUCAAACUGCUUGCGAAGGGUAAAUAAUAAUUGCAAAUAAUAGAAUGUAACUGUAUUUUCUGACAUCACCUCAAGUUUUGUUUAGUUACUCAUAAACAGGCUUUUCUUUAAAGCUGUCGAUUUAAGUAAGUUGUGCAAACUUUUUCUAAAGUUAAAUUUAGCAGCUGCUAAAGGUAGAACAGCACUUCUACAUAUAAGAGGUUCUCAACCUUUUUGACUUCCCAUUGAAUUCAACAUUAUUCAAGGCCCCUACUCACAAAUCCUCAAAAUUUCUAAUGACCAAUAUUUUAAAAUGAGACAAUGAAAUACAUAAAAAAGAAAUAUCUAGUUAUAAAGUUUUUCCAGUUAAUGUUAAGCUAGUAAUCAAGUGGUUCUCAAACGUUUUCAUUGAAAGGUCCCCCUUUGUGUAGGGUGCAUCGCUUUGUGACCCCCCAAAUAAAGACAUAUACUGUAAUCUUUAAAUUUGAAUUAAACCAAAAAUAUAUUUAGUUACACAAACACUGGAACAUCUAUUAUUUUGGUAGGUCUUAUUUUUCUGAUGUUUGAUUUCAUAAAAUGUAUGAUAAGUUUCUAUAAUUCAUAAAAUGACACAAAAUCUGUGGUCUCCCUGGAUCCAUCUUGGGGCCCCUAGUUUGAGAACCACUGGUACAGUAUAUACCACUGCUGUGUGUAGCAUCUGCUCAAUUUAACUAUUUUCUCAGUUUCCCCAUUUCUCUCCGCUUUAAGUCUCCCCAACUGGAAACUGCCAAAGGUUAAAUGUGGAAGUAUUGCAUGCAUAGAGCCCAUAUUUCCUGUACAUUUUUCGCAUUCAAUUCCACUAACAUUAAAUUCACACAUUCUUAUUAAAAACUUUUUAUUAAAGGAGUCAUAUGGCGCGAAUAUGUGUUUUUCUGUGUCUUUGGUGUGUUAUAAGUUGCCCAUGCAUGUAUUAGACACGUAAAAUUUCUAAAAUUCAAGUGUCGGAACAAAAGAUGCAUUCUAUUUAAAAGCAAAUAAAUGCUCACCCAGACCUGCCUGAAACGCCUCGUGUAAUCCUGGCAAAUGUACCUCACUUCUUAACAUGACUUGACUAAGACCGCCCAAUUCUAAACGCAAGUAAAUUGGGCGUUCUUGUAAAUCUCAUUAUAGCUCAUAGCAGCCAUGUCGUGGAGACGCUGUGUGUCUCUUUGCGAAAAGAAGACUCUUUGUUUGCCCUGCCAAAAGAUGAGACAACUAAAAACGAAUGUUUACAUUUAAUUUACAACACUGUUCCAGAAAAGUACAAUUCGAAUGUUCAAGUUUGUGCAGCGCAUUUUGUUGCUUCACGAACCUGGGAGAGAUCAACACCGGCUAUGCGCGAAAGCUUUUGUUAAAAAGUGGGGCCAUUCAAACCAUUACAACUUAGCUGGCGCUUCAAAUUCGUAGCCUGUAAGUAUAUUUUCAUUGUAAAAGAUUUUGUUAUGGACAGUUUUCUAUAGUUUUUAACUAUUUAAUAGAGUAUAUUGGUUUAGUUUAAACAAGUAUGCUUGUCAAUCCCUUAUGAAAAUUAUAACUAU